AUGUCAACUAUACAAAGCCAGAGCUCACCGGCUACUUUGCUAUGGGAUCAGCAAGACUUGAUUCCUCUUCAAAAGAACCUAGGUGACGAGGAUUUGGUCUUGUUAUUAACACCUGCUGUUGUCCCUUUAGACCAGAGUCUUGCUAAUGCAAGUGACCCUUUCGAGCCUCUCGGCAAAGCACUUGCACGCACACAUCCAUGGAUCCGGCAUGUUCCCUAUACUAAGGAGCGUGGAAUUACCGGUAUUCAUGUGGCAUUCAUCAAGAGAGCACGAGUCGUUAUCUUCGUGCUGACUGGCUUCUCGACAGAGGAAGGUUUAUUUCAGCUUGAACUCGCCGAGGUUGCUCGCGAGGUGUGUGAAGAACGCCCUUUGGUGCUUGUAGCCUGCUGUGAAGUUUCGGAAAAGGGGGCCCGCGAGUAUGGUUUCCCAACUAUCAUUCAGUGUCCUGGGUACUUUGCGGCAGACUUACAAGCCGUCGCCGUUCUUUUGACAAGUGAACGACCGGCAACAGAGGCCACGCCGCCGACCGGUAACUCUCCUCCUCCGCCAACUUGGUCGCUCCUAAAAUGGGACUACGACAAAGAUCUUCCAGAAACCCACUCUUUAUGGGAAGCAUGUUUGCCUUCCAAAUUCUAUCUAAAUCGCUCGACUCUUGGUUCUCUCUUGAAACGCGAUGGAUAUGCCAUGCAUUACAUGGUCAGAGAACCCAAUCAAGGGCAGGCCGUUGGAUUUUGUGCAACAUUCACAACGUUUACGGAUAGCAGCGGUGACCGACUGAUUGGAUCAGUAGCUGCUAUCAUCGUUCACAAAGACUUUCGGGGUCAAGGUGUUGGGCGCUUCCUCCACAACGAAGUCGUGAGCAAACUUAACAAGAUUCGAGGUGUCGGAAUCAUUCAACUUGGAAGCACAUUUCCAAGGUUGCUUUACGGUCUGCCGGCACCCGAAGCCGAUACGGAGUGGUUCGAAAAACGAGGUUGGAACAUGAAGGAAUCAACACCUGGAAACGGGCGGCGGGUGCUCGACUGGCUGUUGAGAUUUGCCGACCAUCCAGUUCCUGAUCUGGCUUCCGCUGGCUUGACGUUCAGGCCAUGCCAGCUAACAGAUUACGAGAAGGUUGUCGAGAUGGCAAACAAGGAGUCGCAGAAGAGAUAUGGGUUUGGGUGGUACGACCAAUACGCCAAAACUAUGGACAGUUGCUAUAUGAAUGACAUUGUAGUCGGGCUUGAAGGGGAGAAUCUAGUUGCUGCAGCAAUAACAUAUUUUCCAAAUAAUGGGAGCCCUUGCGGCGCAGAUAUUCCAUGGCCAGCCUCAAUCGGACAGAGCAUUGGAGGAGUUUCGUGCAUCUGCAUCAAAGACGAAGACCCGGAUAUGGUCAAUCACCGUGACUCAGUGGCUACGAGAUUGCUCCUAGCUUGUCGGCAGACCCUGAGUGAGAGAGGAAUGGUUGGAAUGUUUGUGGAUGGCAGCAGAUCGGACGAAAAUGUCCUGCAGUCUUUGGGUUUUUGCAAAUGGGCAGAAUACAAAGAGCUUUGGCGCAAAGUCUAA